AUGAGUGAGUGUCAGCUUUUUUCUCCCUCUGACUUUGCUCGUUGGGAAUUCAAUUCUGCUUCCAACAUGGCAGUCUUUGAUAAAUCCAGACCGGACUCGCAGCAGACAAUGACUUUCGAUGAUGAGGAGUAUGCAAGGAAAGGUCUUGUUGAGCCCCGGUAUAUGGGAACAAUUGCCGACCAGCGUGAUAUGAAUGCCCUUGGUCGAGUUCAAGUUCUUCGGAGAAAUUUUCGAUUUAUCUCCAUUGUGGGCUUUGGCUGUACCCUGAUCUGCACCUGGGAAGUUAUAUUAACAUUGUUAUCUGCCGGCCUGACAGACGGCGGGACAGCGGGCUUGAUAUGGGGAUUUAUCGGUGUCACGCUGGGUUUCAGCCUCGUUUAUGCCAGUAUAGCUGAAAUGGCUUCGAUGGCUCCGACUGCAGGCGGACAAUAUCACUGGGUCUCUGAGUUUGCACCCCGACGGGGGCAAAAGUUUCUAAGUUAUAUCACCGGAUGGCUUUCCGCCAUGGGGUGGCAAUGUGCCAUUGUAUCGAUUGCAUACCUGGCCGGCACUAUCAUCCAAGGAUUGGUUGUACUAAACCAACCUGACUACGAUUUUCAAAGAUGGCACGGCACAAUGCUAGUGAUUGCCAUUUCCACGUUCUCAAUUAUUUUCAACACAUUCUUGGCCAAGAACUUGCCUUUCGUGGAGGGGUUGAUUCUGAUAAUCCACAUCGUUGGCCUGUUUGCUAUCAUUAUCCCGCUGUGGGUUCUUGCGCCGCGUAAUAAUGCUCAUGCUGUGUUCACCACAUUCAACAAUGGCGGCGGCUGGAAUAAUUCCGGGACUGCUACUCUGGUCGGCUUGUCGACUACAAUAACUUCGAUGCUUGGUUAUGAUUGCUCAGUUCAUAUGUGUAAGACUCACUGGUUGGUUUCGCGAAAAUUGCUGACGGAAAUAGCGGAGGAAAUCAAAGACGCAUCGGAGACACUUCCUAAGGCCAUGAUGUCCUCUGUUGCUGUUAAUGGCAUAUUGGGCUUCAUAAUGUUGAUCACUUUAUGCUUCACGUUGGGCGAGGUCGACAAAGUACUGGAAACUCCAACUGGAUUCCCUUUCAUUGAAAUUUUCUACAACACCACCGGCAGUUUUGCGGCAACGAAUGCCAUGACCGCAGUAUUGGUGGUGACGUUGACAGCAAGCACCAUCACUGAAGUGGCAACGGCAUCCCGACAGCUCUGGUCGUUUGCUCGUGACGAGGGACUUCCCUUUUCGUCUUUCUUCGCAUAUGUCACACCGGGAUGGAAUAUCCCGCUCAACUCUGUGAUGGUCUCGUUGGUCGUCACAAUUCUCCUCUCGUUGAUCAACAUCGGAUCGGAGGUCGCGCUCAAUGCUGUCAUCUCUCUCACGAUAACGUCAUUGUUGUCCGCGUACAUACUAUCUAUAGGCUGUGUGUUCCUGAAACGGCUGCGCGGCGAGGCACUCCCGCAUCAUCGGUGGUCGUUGGGGAAAUUUGGAGGGGCGGUGAAUUUUGGCGCGUUGGCGUUUCUCUGCCCGAUGUUUCUGUUUGCAUUUUUCCCGCUGUCAACAAAUGUGACAGUCGAAACAAUGAAUUGGUCGGUGGCGAUGUAUGUCGGAGUCGUUGGAUCGGCGUCGCUUUAUUACUGGGCCAGGGGCAGACAUCAUUUCAUUCCACCCGUGGCCUUGGUCAACAGGGACGGGAAGUAA